GGCCCUGAGAGCAGGAGAACUACAAGUACCGGCGGGCGCAGCUCCUGAGCGCUUCCGGCUCGCGCGUCUUGUCCCUUUCCCAGCUGGCGGCCGAGGGGCACCAUGAAGCGGGAGGGGGAGCGGCGGCCGCCGGCGGGGGAUGCUGCCCAUGGACCCUAGAUGCCUCUCUAGAGCAUGAGCUCGGGCAAGAGUGCCCGCUACAACCGCUUCUCUGGGGGGCCUCCCAACCUUCCCACCCCAGACAUCGCCACCGGGACCAGAAUGGAAACAACCUUUGGAGCUGCCUUUUCAGCUGUCACCACCAUCACUAAAGCUGAUGGCACCAGCACAUACAAGCAGCACCGAAGGACGCCCUCCUCCUCCAGUACCCUUGCCUACUCCCCACGGGACGAGGAGGACAGCAUGCCCCCCAUCAGCACCCCCCGCCGCUCUGACUCAGCCAUCUCCGUCCGCUCCCUGCAUUCCGAGUCCAGCAUGUCCCUGCGCUCCACGUUCUCCCUGCCUGAGGAGGAGGAGGAGCCGGAGCCGCUGGUCUUUGCUGAGCAGCCCUCAGUGAAGCUGUGCUGCCAGCUCUGCUGUAGCGUGUUCAGGGAUCCUGUGAUCACCACAUGUGGGCACACGUUCUGUAGAAGAUGUGCCUUGAAGUCAGAGAAAUGUCCUGUGGACAAUGCCAAGCUGACAGUAGUAGUGAACAACAUUGCAGUGGCCGAGCAGAUUGGAGAGCUCUUCAUCCACUGCAGACACGGCUGCCAUGCAGUGAGCGGUGGGAAGCCCACCGUCUUCGAGGUGGACCCCCGAGGGUGCCCCUUUACCAUUAAGCUCAGUGCCCGGAAAGACCAUGAGGGCAGCUGUGACUACAGGCCUGUGCGGUGCCCCAACAACCCCAGCUGCCCUCCCUUGCUCAAGAUGAACCUGGAGGCUCACCUCAAGGAGUGCGAACACAUCAAGUGUCCCCACUCCAAGUAUGGGUGCACUUUCAUUGGGAACCAGGAUACUUAUGAGACACACCUGGAGACAUGCCGCUUUGAAGGCCUGAAGGAGUUCCUGCAGCAGACCGAUGACCGCUUCCAUGAGAUGCAUGUGGCACUGGCCCAGAAGGACCAGGAGAUUGCCUUCCUGCGCUCCAUGCUGGGCAAACUGUCAGAGAAGAUUGAUCAGCUGGAGAAGAGCCUAGAGCUUAAGUUUGAUGUCUUGGACGAAAACCAGAGCAAGCUCAGUGAGGACCUCAUGGAGUUCCGGCGGGAUGCGUCUAUGUUGAAUGACGAGCUGUCCCACAUUAAUGCACGGCUGAACAUGGGCAUCCUAGGAUCCUAUGACCCUCAGCAGAUCUUCAAGUGCAAAGGGACUUUUGUGGGCCAUCAGGGUCCUGUCUGGUGUCUCUGUGUCUACUCCAUGGGUGACCUACUCUUCAGUGGCUCCUCUGACAAGACCAUCAAGGUGUGGGACACAUGUACUACCUACAAGUGCCAGAAGACACUGGAGGGCCAUGAUGGCAUUGUGCUGGCUCUCUGCAUCCAAGGGUGCAAACUCUACAGUGGCUCUGCAGACUGCACCAUCAUUGUGUGGGACAUCCAGAACCUACAGAAGGUGAACACCAUCCGGGCCCAUGACAACCCAGUGUGUACCUUGGUCUCUUCCCACAACAUGCUCUUCAGUGGCUCCCUGAAGGCCAUCAAGGUCUGGGACAUUGUGGGCACCGAGCUGAAGCUGAAGAAGGAGCUCACAGGUCUCAACCACUGGGUACGGGCCCUCGUGGCUGCCCAGAGCUACUUGUACAGUGGCUCCUACCAGACAAUCAAGAUCUGGGACAUCCGAACCCUCGACUGCAUCCACGUCCUGCAGACAUCUGGCGGCAGUGUCUACUCUAUCGCUGUGACAAAUCACCACAUUGUCUGUGGCACCUACGAGAACCUCAUCCACGUAUGGGACAUUGAGUCCAAGGAGCAGGUGCGGACCCUAACAGGCCAUGUAGGCACCGUGUAUGCCCUGGCAGUCAUCUCUACGCCAGACCAGACCAAAGUCUUCAGUGCAUCCUACGACCGGUCCCUCAGGGUCUGGAGUAUGGACAACAUGAUCUGCACACAGACCCUGUUGCGCCACCAGGGUAGUGUCACCGCACUGGCCGUAUCAAGGGGCCGGCUCUUCUCAGGGGCUGUGGAUAGCACUGUGAAGGUUUGGACUUGUUAACUGAACCUAAGCCAGGCCUUGACUUCUUCUGAGCCUGCCCUGGACUUGUCUGAGCCAAGCUUACCAUAUGGGCUGGUCUCGGGGGUUUCUGCUUGCCCUGUGAGGACAAGUGGACAGGCUCAGACAUCCAGGCAGUGCCCUCCUUGCCCUGUGCUCAUCCCUAUCCUUGCUGCUGCCAGGACUAUGUGCAGGCCCCUCUCUCUGGGUGCCAGGUACGAUGCUUGGUUGGCCUACCCUCCGUCCCCACCCCUGAUGGACUGUGUGCAGGCCUUUUUACUCACCUUUUCUACUGUUUUUAGACUGUAUAUAGAUUUCAUUAUUUCCCAAUUGAAAUAAAAGCUGCGUAGACUGUG